UUUCACUAUCCUGACUCUCUAUGAAGACUGGGAAUUCAACGGUUACUCGGCUUCCUUUUCUUCCUACAAGUUCAAGCUUCACAAUCUCAAAACCUCAACGAUGGCAAAAGGAAGACGAACAUUCUUAAUUGGUGGCGGAUGUACCGCUUUCAUUAAGCCGAGAGCAACCAGGACUACAGAAGAUAUGGGCUUAGAGGCUGCUACCAAAGCCUUACUUGAUGCUGGCAUUACUUAUGAUACCAUUGAGACAGCAGUAGUUGGGUAUUGCUACGGAGAUUCAACCUGUGGACAGCGUGCCCUGUACAACCUUGGUCUCACCGGGAUACCAAUUACCAACGUGAACAACAACUGCUCAACUGGGUCCACUGCUCUUUACACAGCAAACAAUGCUGUCAAAUUUGGUCAAGCUGAAGUUGCUCUUGCUCUUGGCUUCGAACGCAUGAAACCCGGAAGCCUUGGUACAAACUGGCCUGACCGACCUUCUCCAACAGCUCUUCUUAACCAAAAAAUGGAAGAGGUUGAGAUCGCUGGUUUAGGCUUGAACCAUGGUCCCGGUGCCCCCAGGAUGUUUGCGGAUGGUGCCCAAGAAUAUUUCCAAAAGUAUGGAGGAAAUAUUGAGCAUCUAGCUCGAAUUGCUUCAAAGAAUCACAAACACUCGGUCAACAAUCCGUACUCACAAUUUCGUGAUGGAUGGAGCGUAGAACAGGUCUUAAAAGCUCCCAAGAUUACAAACGAGCUUACAAAGUUUAUGUGUAGUCCAACUUCGGACGGCGCCGCUUGCUGUAUUGUAGCUUCAGAGGAUUUUGUCCAUGCUCACGGUCUCGAGAAUCAAGCUAUUGAAAUUGUUGCCCAAGCAUUGACUACAGACAAUCCUUUGGCCUAUGAAUCCAACAGCGCGAUGGAAGUUGUUGGAUAUACUAUGUCCAAGAACUGUGCCGAUCAAGUGUUCAAAGACGCCGGAUUUAAGGAAGGUGAAGGCAGAGACCAAGUAGGUGUUGUCGAACUCCAUGAUUGUUUCUCUGCCAAUGAGUUGAUCAUGUAUCCGGCGCUGGGUCUGUGUGGUCCUGAUGAGGCUCACAAGAUGGUCGAGCGCGGGGACAACACGUAUGGUGGAAAAUACGUUAUUAACCCUUCUGGAGGGCUGGAGGCCAAAGGUCAUCCGCUGGGCGCUACAGGCCUUGGCAUGCAUUUCUACAUCAUGAUGCAACUGCGGAACUGGGCGGGACCAAUGCAAGCUCCUGGCCUGUUUGACACCAAUGACAAGCGAGGCAAGUACGGCCUAGUUCACAAUGUCGGCCUAGGUGGUGCUGUCGUUGUUUCGCUCCUGAGACGGCCCGAAUUUUACAAAGAAGGGGGCAAGGAUGGGCGUGAUAGGCUUGGGUACAACCAUGCUCACCAAUGCCAUCCAAUUACUAUGAAAGAUGUUGACAAGGUCAAAUCGGUAAAGGAAACCUCUCCCUAUCUCAUGCAGCAUGCCAAGCUUUGAUUAAACAUUUUCUGCUGGCAAAUAUCAGCUUUAUAUAUGUACUAUGAUUGUGUUAUGUAUCUGUAGUCGCAGUAGUUCUUGCAUUGAAGGAUUCAGCUCUCAGCUAUAUCAUAUUCGAAAGAAUUGCCUGGCUCUGUCAAUCAGUGGGUUUGAUGGGCUGUUGAACUGGGACUUUCUUGUAUGACAUUGCGUUCAGCAUCCCGAGGAACGGUUUGCUUCCAUCGCCCUUCAGUCAAUGGUUUAGUUCAUAUUGUA